AUGGAGUGCAGAUUUAGCAACUAUAUGGACAAAUGCUCAGGUGGACAAAACUACCUCACGGUUGACAAGCACGGAGAGAGCCUGCUUUCAUUAAAGUCACUGGAAAGUUUGGCGGAGGCAGACUGGAAAUCCAUCAAUCCACCCAAAAAACUAAACCACCGUGGAUUCCGAUUCUGGGUCUCUCGCUGUACUGAAAAAUGCCUUACAGUCGGGAACACAAAGAAACGAACUGUGGGUGUUGCUGAAU